GCCUUUCCCCUGUUAGCUUGUUCGCCAUCCCCCUGCUCAAGCUCAGCUUGCUCUUGCUCUCCACUCCUCGCCUCCCCCUCUGCAUCGCCGCUUCCACCCCCGUGCUCUUCAUUCCCUUCUCCCGGCUCGUUUGUUCAAGCUUUUCCUCGCUCGCUUGGGUGCAGUAACGACCGAGAUCGACCAUGGCGACGGAGGCGCGCGAGGAGAAUGUGUACAUGGCCAAGCUGGCCGAGCAGGCCGAGCGCUACGACGAGAUGGUGGAGGCCAUGGAGAAGGUGGCCAAGACCGUCGACACCGAGGAGCUCACCGUCGAAGAGCGCAACUUGUUGUCUGUGGCUUACAAGAACGUGAUUGGCGCUCGGAGGGCGUCGUGGAGGAUCAUCUCCUCCAUCGAGCAGAAGGAGGAGAGCAAGGGAAACGACGAGCACGUUUCCGCCAUCAAGGAGUACCGUGGCAAGGUGGAGUCUGAGUUGAGCACCAUCUGUGACAGUAUUCUUAAGCUUCUGGAUACCCACCUGAUCCCUACUUCUAGCUCUGGGGAGUCGAAAGUUUUCUACUUGAAGAUGAAGGGUGAUUAUCACAGGUACUUGGCUGAGUUUAAGACCGGGGCCGAGAGGAAGGAAGCUGCUGAAGCGACAUUGUUGGCGUAUAAGUCUGCUCAAGAUAUUGCGUUGACAGAGUUGGCUCCUACCCACCCCAUCAGACUGGGUUUGGCAUUGAACUUCUCUGUGUUUUAUUACGAGAUUCUUAACUCACCAGAUCGGGCGUGCACUCUUGCGAAGCAGGCAUUUGAUGAAGCGAUCGCUGAGCUUGAUACUCUUGGAGAGGAGUCUUACAAGGAUAGCACUCUUAUUAUGCAGCUCCUCCGCGACAACCUGACGUUGUGGACCUCUGAUAUGCAGGAUGAGGUCGGCCCCGAGGUCAAGGAUGCCAAAGUUGAUGAUGCUGAGCACUGAAGUGGAACUUAAGCUAUAUUUAUCUUUGCACAGCAGAGAGGUCAUGGUUAGUGGAUGAUUUUCCCGCUCGGUGCGAGUAGUGGUGCAAUACCAGAGACUUUUCUAUUGCCGGAUCAGGACAUUGUGGGACUUUUCUGGCAAGUCCGUGGAGAAGCCGCUGCUUUGCGAAGCACUUCUGUUGUGGUUAAUUUACAGGUUGGUGCUUGUGCUUUUCCAGUUGCUCUUAUAGUGCCGGUAUCUUUGUAAGCAAGCGAGUUGUUUAUUUGUCUGGUGGAUGACGCAUCUUCCUGAAAUGAUGUGAUGAACACAUUAACUAGUGAUGUACAAUCUUAAAAGUUUCCGCCUUUGCGAAUAGCCAACGAAUGGUUGGCAUCAUUAUGUUUGUGUGGCAACUACAAAACAUGUUCUCUGGGCUUUUUAA